CAAGGAUCAAACCGACCUGCAGUCCGUCCUUAUCUCAGAGCCGCUUCCUUUAGAACAAGAUGAUUCUGCUGCUCUGUCUGCUUUACUUGAUCUGUGGAGAACCUGCUUGGAGUCUGGAGAAAGAAAUGUUCACAGCUAAAGAGGAUAUUCAACAGGUGGCCGUGGCUAACAACGGUCUUUAUGUCGCUACAGUAAAGACACUUUAUCGGUGGGUCAACCUGAAUGUGGAUCCCCAGAGCCCUGAGACGGCUCAGCUUCCCGCAAAUUUUAGCAUUAACGUGUUCUUAUUUGAUAAGAACAACAGAUUGAUCAGCUGUGGUGUGAAUGAAAAACGAAACUGUUACUGUGAGAUUCGGGACCAGAAGAACAUCAAAAACUCUGUUUACAGUGAAUCCAUCCAGGUGGGACCUCAGAGGAGCAGCAGUGGGUCUGUCAGCUUUCUGGUGGAUGUGAAGAAGGAUUCAGGUCAGACUGAGACUUACAUUCUGACAGCGAUAAAGAACCCGAGAGACAAGACAGAGUGUAGCGAUGAUUUAGAGACAAUCAACCUUCAAAACACUGAUCAAAAACAACAUGGGGAAAUAUUUUCCUGGUCUGAUCGAUCAGGUGAUAAACCUGGGAUCCAAACAGAAGCUGAUGUAGAGUUUGUGGACGGAUUCCAGAUCAACUCUACAGUGUAUCUGUUCUCCAACGUGGCAUCAGGAGGUGAAACCAACAAAGUCCGUCUGAUCUGGCUUCAGGCUGAAACCAACAAAACUCAGACUCUGGAGUCUCUUCAUGGAGCGACUCUCAGUUCCUCUGGAGGCAGCAGACUGCUGGCCUCCUCGGUCGUCCCAGGUGGACAGCAGGUCCUGUGGAGUGGAGUGUUCAGUGUGGACGGAGGAGAAAGCAACACUGAGCUGCUGCUGUUUGACGUCAGUCCUGAACUCAGCAGGGAGGCAAACAUAGAUCCUGACUUUUAUACAUCGGUGGACAAGCCAAAAAACCCGUCAGAACCAAAGUCCCUAGAACCGAAGGCUGUUCUGUUCAAGAAGAAAUACAUGAACUCUGUGUUGGCGGUGAAGCAGGACAGCUGGACGGUUUUCUUCAUUGGAACAAGCAACGGGCAGCUGAUUAAGCUUCCUGUGGACAAGAACAAUCGCCCAGCAUGUCCAAAGGAGCACUACAGGGCCAGUGGUAAUGAGAAAAUGUUUUCAAAAAUCCUUCUGGACCCAGUGGAUCAUAAAUACAUAUAUCUGCAGUUUAAAAAACAGAUUGAGCGCGUAACAGUGUUGAACUGCGGAGAAUACACGAUUGUGGAGGAGUGUCGUACGGAUCCAUUCUGUGUCUGGUGUGUCUCUAAGGAAAGCUGCACAUUUAGUAAAGAUGAGUGCAAAGACGACUGGAUGUCCAUCCCUGAUGAAUACCAACAGGAAGUGAUUUCCUACAGAGCUGAGAAGGACUCCACUGGACAGGUCAAAGUAGUCGUCAAAGUUCACCUGACUGUGGCACAGAAGAUUCGGUCUGAACUUACCUGUGAGGUCUCUGCAAACCUUCGCUGGCAUUGUCUGCCACAACCUCAGUACCCACAAUGCACCUGCAUUCUCUCUGACGAGAUUAAUGCUGAAGAACUUGAUGUCACUGUAAAUAUUGCAUUCAACAAAACAACACUGACGAAGCAUCUAAAGCUAUUCGACUGUUCUGACAUUUCACUCUCGUGUCAGCAGUGCAUCAGAGCCGGAUGUGGCUGGAGGGAGAACCGCUGUACCUGGGACAGUGAAGGAGUGCGGAAUGACAGUGUUUGCCGAAAGUCCACCUCUCAGGGAAACCUUGUGCGGCCGGGGAACAUCUCCGUCUUUCCCAGUCGUGUGUCUUACUACGGCAGAAAUAACGCUACUUUGAGAGGUCGCAACCUCACAGAUGUGAUUGCCGUCAAGGUCCACGCAGAAAUGGACUGUUCCCCACAGGAAUCUCCAGUUUGGAACAACACUGGUGAGAGUCUGACGUUCCACAUUCCCAGUAGAACCAAUGAAGCUGAAGCCAAAGUGUGUGCUGUCCUGUCUGAUGGGAGUUGCCACGGCGAAGCUGAUAUAACCUACCAGUCAGCGCCAUCUUGUACUGAACAGUUACCUUUCUUUACCUGGAGAAGUGGGAAGAGGAAGGUCACAAUUUUUGGAUCUUAUUUGGACUUUGUGGAAAUGGUCGGGCACUCUAAUCGCUCAUACAAGCUUUACCAAGAAACAGUUCCUGAGAACAAAACCUUUGAGAAUCUCACCUAUGAAACACCUGACGGAAGAACUGCCCGGUGGUCCUACAGAGUGCAUUUGAAAGUAGCCAAUGAAACAUUGUAUUGCUCUGCAAUAAACUACCAUCCAGACCCACAGUUUCCCACAUUUGUAUCAAGGAGGACAGGAAACGAUGUCCAAGUUAUGAUCCAGUGUCUAGACGGGGACCUGGAGAUGACAACAGAAGAGUUAUCAGUGUGGGGCUUAAAGGAUGGCAAGCAAUACCCCUGCAUCAUGAAGGGCAAAAAUACAACGCAUACUGGGGCAAACUAUUUCAUCUGCCAAAUUCAAAACACAACUCAUGUCAAAUUUUCUCAGUUAACGAUUAAAUAUGGACGAAUGACAGUUCAGGUGGGGAAUCCACCUCUGUUUGAUCAGUACCUUCUGAUGCUGCGCCUUCUGCUGGUUCCCUGUGGUACUGCAGUGCUGGUGAUUAUCUGUCAGUGCCUUGCUAUGAAGAACAAGCCCUGAUCCUUGGCGUCCUUCAUCCUCAGAGUUCCAGGAAAUACAUCAUUUGUUAAAUGUUGGAUUCAUUGAUAUUAGAUAUGACAUAGCUUCUCGCAAGGAUUACCUUUAUGUUGAACAGUUUUGUAAUUUGUAAGUGGAAAACCUCUUCCAUGUUUUCAUUUCCCGCAAAUUCUUUGCCAUAUUAAAAGCCAACAGCCUCUGAGUGACCACCAUUAUGGUAGAAAGAGUUAUCGUUUAGAAUAAUGGAGAAAACUGCAGCAGGUUAAUGUAACUCAGUAACCUGCCAGAGUAAAACAUGGUGUUUAUCUCCAGACGCUGAGGCCUAGCAGCUUGCCGCUGUGUGUUUGUUCAGCUUCAUCAAAAGAACUGAGAGGUGGAGUC